AUGGCAGCAGGAAUCCACCGCUGCCAUCCCGAAUCCCGGGGCCGAUAUCCAAGUGUUUGGGGUCCUGGUGGUGCAGGGAGCGAGAUUGGACCCCUGGAGGUCCGAAAUCCAAGUCCGCUGAGCUUCUCCUGGCAGCACCAGGAGCCCCGRGGGGGUCCCUCAGUGUCCCCCGUGGGGCUGAGGGGCUCCGGGGCAGAGCUGAGCCUGACACCCGCCAACCGCAGCCACACGGGCUGGUACCUCUGCACCGCAAGCAACGAGGUCAACAGCCACACCAGCGAGCCCGUCUACCUGGACAUCGUCUACGGCCCCGACGAGCCGGCCAUCAGCGUGGAGCCCUUCUCCCCCGAACAGGGGGGCUUCUCCGCGGGCGAGCGGGAGGAUGUGGUGCUGAGCUGCCUGGCUCCCUCCAACCCCCCCAGCCGCUACGUCUGGCUGCACAACGGUACCCAGGUGCACGUCGGCCAGACCUACGUCAUCGCCGCCAUCGCCCGCGCCCAGGCGGGCACCUACACCUGCCUGGCCGAGAACACCCACCUGCAGACCCGCACCCAGGCCACCAUCGUCCUCACCGUGUACUAUCCACCAGCCGGGAGCCCCAGCUGCUCUGCCCUGGCCACGGGAGACCUGCAGGAUGUGGCCCUGCGGUGCCGCUGGCUGGGGGGCUUCCCCCUGGCCCAGCUGCGCUGGGUGGGCUCCCUUGAGGAGGAGAAGGAGGAGGAGGAAGAGGGGGUGAUGGGGACCAGUUUUUCCAUGGCCACCAGGAUCCAGCCAGGGGGGACGGCAGCGCCCACCCACCUGUGUCACGUCAGGCUGGGAGGCAGCUGGCUCCGAGAGCUGCACCCGGAGAAAGCCCCUCUGGCUCAGCCUCGGGCCUGCAGUUACCGCUGGAGCUAA